ACCGGGGGGAGAGAGAGAGAGAGAGAGGGAGAUAAUUAAUCAAUGUUGUUAGAAUUUACAGAGUGAUCACUGUGCCAAUGAAAUUUCUCUGAUAAAAAACUAAAUCUCAGUCAGCCACUCCCAAACUGUUCCCUUUAUUCCAGAUUAGUGCCUGAUAAUGAAGCUGUUGGCUAUAUAUUAGAGAGUCACUAGAGAGAACUUGAUCACUACUGCUUUCAGCAACAUGGGGUCCGUCUGGUUUGCUGUUGUUUCAGUUCUGGUUUUGGUGCAGCUGAGCUUUGCUGAUGCAGUGAUGAAAAAUUCGUGCACAGUAUCUUCAGGAAACGUGUAUGUCAUCUACCCUGGCUCUGACUGUACUGUGUUCGCACAAUGGGCCAUCAAUAAUCCCUCAGGUAGUCUCCAGCACUGCCCGAAAGGAAUGAAGUUCAACACAGAACCAUGCCAGUGUGAUCUGGCCUCCAAGGUACAGUGCCCAGCCUCCAACCCUCCCCUGGACUGUGUAGAUCUUCCACCAGCAGGGAUCAGUGUGUCUGGGAUCUAUAACUUCACUGUGAACUCACAGGAGAUGACAGCUUACUGUGACAUGGUGACACCUGGUGGCGGAUGGCUGGUAUUUCAAAGGCGAGAGACCAGUAUUCAAAAGCCUCUGGACUUUUACCAGGGGAUGUAUGCUUACGAGAAUGGUUUUGGGCAACUUGGAUUUGAAUUUUGGUGGGGACUUCAGAACCUCUACCAGUUAACAAAUCCAGCAAAUAAUAUCCGUACAUAUAACCUUCGAGUUGAUCUCAAGGACUUUAAUGGCAAGACAGGAUAUGGAUACUUCUCAAAUUUCUACAUAGGUGGGCCUAGCGAUGGAUACAGACUCCAUCUUGGUGGUCUCGAAGAGGGGAUUAUUGGAGACUCAUUUAUUGGUAUCAAAAACAUGAUGUUCUGCACCAGAGAUGCUGACUGCAACAACAUGGCCGCCACCCAUCAUGGCGGCUGGUGGUACAGCGAUGAUACUCGUUCCAAUCUUAAUGGCAAUGGUACACAUCAAGGUAACUACAGCGGGGAUGUUCCCGAUGGUGUCUACUACGAAACUUUCCGAGGCAUUUGGUACUCUCUGGAGUCCACCAGAAUGGCUCUCAAACCCUUACACACAUGAUGAGAGACACCUCCUUAAGGCAGAAAAUGUCCUUUUACGUGUAAUAUGUAAUAUGUAAUUACCCUAAAAAUAUAUAUUUU